CGGCGGCGCCACGGGCGGCCCAUGGCGGAGGAGUAGCAGCAGCGCCGCGCCGCGCCGCGCCGCGCCGGCGGCGGGUCUUUGAAGCACAACUGACAGCUCGGUUACCAGCGGACGGGUUACUAAAGUUGCUGUGCUCAAGUGGGCAUGUCCAGCUGAAGGUGUGGGCCCUCUUUGCCAGCUGUGGGGCAGCACUGUUGGCUUUCCCAUCAUGUGACCUGGCACACCUGCACAGCGGAUCGCUUCAUUUUCCGAAGAAUGAGCACAUGUCGAUGGUGUACGCCUAGUGGGUCUGAUACCACUGAAUUCCUGAAGAACUAUGCUUCUAAAUGGUUGUCCCAGGAAGAUCUUGAAGGAUCCAAUGAUGAUCUCUGUUACUGCCUGGAGUGCGUGGUUGAAUACCACAGAGCAAGAGAGAAAUUGCCAAGCUUGCAUGAGGUCCUGUGGGAGUUGGAAACUUCCCGUCUCAUUGCCCACAUUGAGAAAUCCGUGAAAGAAGAAGUUGGAGAGGAUGAUGAGUUGUUUAUAGUGGACGAGAAUGGGGAGACACAGCUGUCUGGUUACAUAGGCCCAGAUUUUGAGAAUAACUUGCGAGUGCCUCUUCUAGAAAUACUGAAAUAUCCGUAUCUGCUGCUGCAUGAGAAAGUCAGUGAGCUUUGUGUAGAAGUGCUCUGUAGAAUGGAACAAGGUCACAACUCGUUUCAGGUCUUUGAGAAAUAUCCUGGAAUUUAUCUCUUCCUGGUACACCCCAAUGAAGUGAUUCGUCGAUGGGCCAUCCUAACAGCAAGGAAUUUAGGGAAGGUUGACAGAGAUGAUUACUAUGACUUACAGGAAGUGCUGACAUGCUUGUUUAAAGUUAUUGAGUUGGGGCUUUUUGACAGUCCAGAUAUUUAUAGCUCUUCAAUGAUUGAAAAGGGUAGACUCAUCCUUCUGCCAUCUCAUUUAUAUGAUACUACCAACUACAAGAACUAUUGGCUAGGUAUUUGUAUGUUGCUGACAGUGCUGGAAGAACAAGCUAUGGAUUCCUUGUUGCUGGGUCCAGACAAACAGAAUGAUUUCAUGCAGUCUAUACUUUACACCAUGGAGAAGGAAACAGAUGAUGAUUCUACUGACCCCUUCUGGCCAGCGCUGCAUUGUUUCAUGGUUAUUUUGGAUCAACUCGGAUCUAAAGUAUGGGGUCAGCUUAUUGAUCCUGUCCAAGCCUUUCAAACCAUUAUCAACAGUGUGAGCUACAACAAUGAAAUAAAAAAUAUACGCAAUAGCUUUAAGAGGACCAAAUCCGAACCAGAGUCAGACUGUGAUGAUGAAAUGGUUACUUGCAGUCAGAUUGUGUAUAAUUACAAUACAGAAAAGCCUCAAAAGGAUACUGGGUGGAAAACAGCCAUUUGUCCAGACUAUUGCCCCAACAUGUAUGAAGAUAUGCAAACGCUGGCUAACGUGCUUCAGUCUGAUAUUGGCAGAGAUAUGCGUGUCCAUCAUAGCACAUUUCUGUGGUUCAUCCCUUUUGUUCAGUCACUUAUGGACCUCAAGGACUUGGGUGUGGCAUAUAUAGUUGAGGUUAUUCACUACCUCUGCUCAGAAAUCAGGGGUAUUCUUAAUGCAAAAAUCCAGCAGUGUGACAAAGUUUCUGAAUUUUUUGUCCUGAUCUUAGUGUCGAUUGUUGAACUCCAUAGAAAUAAAAAAUGCCUGCAUUUGCUAUGGGUUAGCUCACAAGAAUGGGUGGAAGCAGUGGUGAGGUGCGCUAAGCUGCCAGCCAUAGCAUUUACGCGGUGCACUGAAAAAGCUUCUGCAAGCUAUCAGAGAUCAGCAUCAGCAUUGUCUUCGCAGGCUUCUAACUCUGUGCAACAUGCCUGUGUGCAGUUGAUACGUAGCCUUCUUAAAGAAGGUUAUCAAAUUGGGCAGCAUGCUCUCUGCAAGCAAUACCUAGACAAACUCAAUCUCCUUCUGCGUGGAAAUUUGUCCUUAGGCUGGCAGCUGAGCAUCCAGGAAACCCAGGAAUUACAAAUGUGUUUAAAGCAGGUUAUAAGAAGUAUAAAGGGCAGAGCAAUGAAUACUUCUGUGCCCACAGAAAACAAUGCAAACUCUACAACUUUGUCUACCCUUUCUAUAAAACAAGAGAAGAGGAUGCUCAGUGAUGAAUGUAAAAUGACUGUACAUGGCAGAGAUGACCUUUGCUUGCCGCUGCCUUUUAUAUCAAAGGGAGUCAGAGAUGGAGGUUGUCAGGAGAACCUUUUCUCGGGAAGAAAUGAUGCCUGGGAAGAAGAAUGCAGAGAUGCUUAUAAAACUUCAAGAUCUUUCACUGAAAGGCAUCUUGUGGAUGUGUAUGUUAAAAAGGAACCUGAUGAUAAGGCAGCUCAGGAAUAUGAAUGCCUGCAGAACUCCUUGACAACAAAAAUAUUUGGGGAAGUUGAGAAAAAUAGAGACAAUCAUCUUGUGUCAGGGACCUCCGAUAAGGAUAACUGGUUCUUUAAUCCAAAUUUUCAGUGCUCUGAUUUUAAAAGAAGUGAAGAAUUGGAAAAUAAAUGUGUAACAGAGCCCAUAACACCAAAGCAUCUGGUUACUCAGACUUGCAUUGGUUCUCCAGAACAUGUUCAUAGCUCAGAUGGGAGGGAAAGCAACAUAUCUCCUAAUUCCUCAUCAAAAUUUAAAAUAGAUGCAGAUAGACUCACGAAUCUGAAACAGAAGGUGCAGAAAACUGACUGGACCUCAAAACUAUCGCAGCUGGUGAAGCCACCCAACUUGCAAAACAGUUGUAUGGCAGCAAGUGCUUCAAAAGCCGAAGCAGACCAACCUCAGCUCUGCACUGACAGCACAUGUACAAGCAAAGAUUGCUAUGGACACCAAGGAGUGAAUACUGCGUGUGGAAAUGAAAUCUCUGUUAAUUCUCAGACUUCAAGGAGCUUUGAAAGCAAGCAGGAGAAAAGCAUGAAUAAUACUUUUCAGUACAGAUCAGUCUCCAUUAAACAGGAGUUAAAAGAGACACUACAAGAUUGCUCUCACUCCUCUAAAAAUGAACCUGAUUUGCAAAAAUAUGAAGAUGACUGUUUUUCACUUUCAGGGGUUAGCAACAAUUUGAUGAAAAAAGGACCCAGUGAAGAAAGAUCAAGAUCAUUGUUGAAGUCUGUGUUUAGGAAAGACCUUAACAUGCAAACUUCAGACCAGGAACAACCUAAUUUAGACAACUUAAUUGAAGAUGACCGUAAAGGUCAAGUUUUGAGAACGUUGUGUAUAGACAAAACUUCAGCAAAUGGUCAUGUUCCAUCUAGCCCUGAAGAUAAGGGGGAUGUAUCCAACACUGCUCUUUGGAACAGUCCACUCUCAGUGAAGUGUGAAUCAAGUGACAGGUUGUUAGAAUUUUCCAAGUAUUUUAAGAAAAAAGACAAUUCAGUGGAAAAAAGUGGUGAGGAUUUUGUGAAGGUGGUUUCUGGAGAUAGCAAUUUAACAGACUUUGAGGUUGAUAGAGACCUCAGUAGGUUAUCUUUAGCUGCAUAUGCCAAAAGUGUCAAUUUUUCCGUUGAUUCAAGCCAAGAAAGCUCAGUAUAUCAUAAUAUAUGUGACAUUAAAAGGAAGGUGAAAGGUGCUGUAAGAUCAUCUAAUAAUGUGCAGAGUAACGAGUGCCCUGACAAUCAAGUCAUUAUCAUUUCAGACUCCUCUGAUGAAGAAAAAAGUGUGCUUCUUAAAGAGCAAACAAAAAACCCAAAUGAAGAUGAGUGUCCAGAAAAAGAGCCUUUAACAUCCAGCUGCGUUUCUAAUAGUGAAAUCAAAAAAGAAUUGAAGAUGCCUAGCUCUCCCUUGUCUCAUGAAGAAUGUGGGUCUCAGUACUUUGAGUUUGAAACAGAAGAUGAGGUCUUCUCAGUUUGGCAAGAUACUCAGAUGUACAGUAUGGAAAAAACUCAAGAAUAUAAACAAGACCGUGUUUCAACAUCAAUUGGUAGCAGUGACUCAGAUAACAUGUUGAAGGAUUACACAAAUGAAUGGGGCUAUGAUACAGAUUAUGUAAGUGAUGAUACCAUUGAAAAAGAAGCAAAUGUGAUAGAAAAGCAGAUAGAUAAUCUCUCUCAUCAGAAGGAAGCUGGUAAUGCAGAAGAAGUAUCUAAUUCAACCUUACAAGAAUCUAUAGAUAAAGGAAACAAGGUUGAUCAGCUGGAGAAUUCUGCAGACAAAAGUGCUGUUGCUAAAGACUUCAUCCGCACCACAGAAUUGACUGAACCCAGAGCAUCUACAUCUAACAUGUCAUUAGCUGCGAAGUUGGCUAUUAAAAAAAAUAGUGUGAGCCCCCAGAAGAAUUCAGCAAAUUCUAAGGUGGUAAGAACUACUCAAGGAAGUCCUAAAAGAACUCUUCUUAAAACUUUACAAAGUAAAAAACUAUCUCAAAAUUCCUCAAAAAACUCUCAACCUGGGAGGUCAACACCUGCUGUGGUUCCUCCAAAGAAAGUUCGGCAGUGUCCUGCACCAACAUCAACUGCAGAAAAGCUUGGCCUGAAGAAGGCACCUCGGAAAGCAUUUGAAUUGUCUCAGCGUUCUUUAGACAGCCUUGCUCGAUUGCGUAGCUAUGGUAAAGCUGCUGGGAAAGUUGGAACUGCACAGAAACCGAAGACUAAAUUAAUUAAUCCUCAGACUUUGUCAGUAAAACAUAAUAAAAAAAUGCUAGUCUACCAAGAGUUUCAGAUUUUAAGGCAACAACGUGUCAGAGGAAGAAAUCUUGCAGGAAGUUCUGACAGUAGGAGGACAAAGGUUAGCAAAGUGGAUUCAAAAUGUGUGAAACAAAAGCCUAAAAGUUUUGGCUUGACAUCUGUUGAAGGAGUUGUUGAAAACCAAGGGGGAAGAAAAACGGAGCAGACCUCAGCCAGUGAGAGAAAACAAAUCAAAGAUGUAUCUAUGGAGAAGGAGGGUAUGCAAACCACACACCUCUCUGAAAUACCUGUUUUUUCAGACUCAAACAGAAAAAAGAAAGAAAAUAGUAUGAUGGUUCCUCCAGUACCUAUGGAUUCGGAUUUCUUUUCUCUUGUAGCUACUGAAGAUGAUAAAGAUAAACCUUCAGAAAGAGGUUGUAUUGUUCAGUCUAAGCUUGAGAAGACAACUUUGAAAGAAAAGGAGUGUAAAUCAAAUGAAAACAGUGAAGAUGACGAUGAUUUAUUUCUAACUCAGUUAGAUCCUGUGGAUAUGGAAUUAUGUUCGCAAGAAGAAAAUGAUGGAGAAAUUAUUAUACCUAGUAAACCAGUGGAAAUGGCAAUAGAUGCUGCUGAAAAUCUUCCGCAGGACAAACUUUUGAGUAUUGUGAAAUGUAAGUACAAAGACUGUGUGGCAAAAGUGGAAAAAAUAGGUGAGUACUGUAGUAAGCAUUCAACUACCAAUUCAGAAACGGAUCAUGUGUUUGCCAAGCCUUUGCUGCCGCCUUCUAAAACAAGAAAGCCUUCCACUACUAAAAUUUUCAGCUCAGUAAGUUCUUCACGGAAUGCAGCCUUCACUAAGGAUCUUGAAGAUGUUAGAAAACUACCACCAUCUUCAAAAAGCAAAAUAAACUCAAUGAAAGCUGUGGUGUUCAGACCACCAAGUGCAAAGGCUGUACCAGCAGGAAAUCAAAUAAGCAAGACCCCAAGUUUCAGUAAUGUGCCUCAGCCCUGCGUUUCCAGUAAUGUUCUACGACCGCAAAAUACACAGAUCAACAAUGCUUCGAAUAUUUCCAGAAGAUCUGUCAGAGAAGAAUAUUAUUCUUCCUUUCUUGGGGCUCAGCAGCAUGAUCAUAGUAUUUUUGUUAAAGAAGUCCUGAAGUGGACAUAUGAAAUGUUUGUAAACUGCAGCCAGUAUGGACCUCCGGAUAGUCUACUGCAAUCAGUUGUAGCCUCUGUUCCCAUCAAAUUUCAGGGAUACAAUGACUAUUUUAAUACGUUUUUCCCCUUGAUGAUGCUAAAUGCCUUUGAAACACUGGUGCAAGACUGGUUAGAAAGCCAGAGAACGAGAGAGAGGAGUUACUACUUCCACUUGCAAAACUUCUGUGCUGACUUGAAUAGAGCAGAUUUUAUAGCUCAUAUUCGAGAAAGUGAUUUGGCAAAGCAGCUUCAUCCAAAAGAGGAUGAUUUAAUCUUUUUGGUAAUUCAAGAGAGAAAAAACACCUUCAGCGAGGAAAAUGAGAUGGUGAAGCACGUGGGUCUUGUGACACGAUUUUCCCGUGCAUCUGGCAGUUCAGCUAGACAAAAUAAGCAGCACCCUGUCUGUCAUCUCUCUGUGCAAACGCGAGGCAAUUUGUCAUUCUUCAUAAAUAAGCAAGUGAAAUGCGUGGUGGUUGGCUCUCUAGUAACCACACAACGAACAUUCAAAGGUCUGCUGCUACUGAGCAGGAGUCCCCUGGCUAAACCCAUCAUAAACCCAAGUUACAAUGAUUUCUGUCCCAGAGAUUUGCACGUAACUUCAGAAAAUGCUGCUCAUAUGAAAGAAUACAAUGAAGAUCAAAAGAGAGCCAUCGAUACUGCUUAUGCCAUUGUAAAACAGCAUCCAGGACUUCCCAAGAUCUGCCUUAUACAUGGACCACCUGGAACAGGGAAAUCAAAAACUAUUGUUGGAUUUCUGUCUCGUGUUUUGAGAGAGAACACUAGGAAUGAGAAAAGAACUCAAAAACCAAAUUCCAAGAUCAAGUCAAACCGUUUUCUAGUCUGUGCACCAUCCAAUGCUGCUGUUGAUGAACUCAUGAAAAAGAUCAUCGUUGAAUUUAAGGAAAAAUGCCAAAACAGACAGGAUCCUUUGGGAAACUGUGGUGAUGUCAGAUUAGUGCGAUUGGGUGCAGAAAAAUCAAUCAGCAGUGAAGUACGUGGAUUUAGUCUGGAUAAGCAAGUUGAACAUAGAAUGAAUCGCAAACUCCCUAACCGUGACCAGGGUAUUCAGAAGAGAAAAGAAGCUCUAGAUCAAAAGCUGGACAUGCUGUCUCGUCAACGUGCCAUGCAUAGAUGUGAGAAGAAGGAGAUAAAUCAAAUGUUAGAUGAUGAAAUUGGCAGACUUUCAAAGGAGAGACAACAGCUUGCAUCUCAACUAAAGGAGGUUCAAGGGUGCUCCCAGAGAGUACAGGCAGAAAUCAUCUUGGAGUCUGACAUCAUUUGCUGCACACUGAGCACAAGCGGAGGGACUCUGCUGGAAUCCGCUUUUUGGCGGCAAGGACUUGAUCCAUUCAGCUGCGUUAUUGUGGAUGAGGCAGGACAGUCCUGUGAAGUUGAAACACUCAUUCCGCUGAUUCAUCGCUGUAAUAAACUUGUCCUUGUUGGAGAUCCCAGACAGCUCCCUCCUACUGUAAAAUCGCAGAAAGCUCAGGACUAUGGCUAUGAUCGGUCCUUGAUGGCGCGCCUGCACAGACACCUGGAAGCACAAGUGCAGCAGAAUGUUUUAAGAAGUCUGCCAGUUGUGCAGCUCACUGUGCAGUACAGGAUGCACCCUGACAUCUGCCUCUUCCCAUCCAAUUACAUUUAUGGCAGGAGUCUGAAGACUGACAGAGCAACAGAAGAGAGCAGAUGUUCUUCAGAAUGGCCGUUCCAGCCUUAUCUAAUUUUUGAUGUAGGAGAUGGUCAUGAGGAGAGAGACAAUGACUCUUUUAGUAAUCCUCAGGAAGUUAAACUCGUGAUGGAGUUAAUUAAAACAAUUAAAGAGAAAAGGAAGGAUCUUGGUCUUCGUCAUAUAGGAGUAAUUACUCCUUACAGCGCGCAGAAAAAAAGAAUUCAAGAAGCGCUAGACAGAGUGUUUAAGAGCAACAGCUUGGGGGAGGUGGACACAGUGGAUGCGUUCCAGGGGCGAGAGAAAGACUGCAUCAUAGUGACGUGUGUCCGGGCGAACAGCUCUAAAGGGUCGAUUGGGUUUCUGGCAAGUCUUCAACGACUGAAUGUUACAAUUACCCGGGCCAAAUUCAGCCUCUUCAUUCUCGGACGACUGAAAACGCUCAUGGAAAAUAAAGACUGGAAUGAGCUGAUUCAGGAUGCUCAGAGAAGAGGUGCCAUUAUUAAGACAUCAGACAAAAACUACAAGAAGGAUGCUGCUAAGAUUCUGAAGCUCAAGCCAACCCCCUACCAGCCCCCCACCAAACCAGGGACAAAGAAAGCUCCUCCAGUGCAGGCUUAUUCUUCUGGUAGCAGGCGGGAUGAGCUCUCAAAUCCACGGGAGGCCAGCAAUCCACCGGAACUCCCUGCUGCUGCCGUCCCUGCAGCGCCGCAAGGAAGCAAAGGGCUGCAGCAGCCACAGGGGCCUCAGGCUAUAGACUCCAGGAGAGCCACUGUUUCCACACCAGCGGAGGCUACAGCACAGCCUGCUGAUCAAGGGAAACCACGGGACCCAAGGCUGGCUAGUAGAACAGAGGCAAAAGGGAAGGAGCAGGUCUCAAAAGACAGCAGUCAGUCAGCCAAAGGCGAUCGGGGAACAACAUCACAACAAGGCCCGGAAGUAUCCUCAGCUGUCAGGGAUCAAAUUUCCAAAAAAGAAACUUCUAAGAGGCCCCAGCAAACAACGGGGCAAUCCGACCUGCCUUCCACAUCAUCUUAUGCAGCUCAGCAAGACAGUGACUGGAGAUCUUUAUCAAAAAACGGUUCAAUGGCCCAGAGUGGAGGAGGUCAAAGCAGUAGCAGUAAAUGGAGCAAAGACAAAGACUAUCGUUUUGGAACCAGGAGAGCAUCAGAUGAAGUACCAGAGAGCAAGGACUCAAACAGUGCUAAGCGAAGAAAGACCUUUCACUGACUGCAGUGUGUUUAGUAUUGGCCAAUUACUCGGAAUCCAGCCCCAGAUUUCUGUCUAGCAAGGACUUUAUUUUAAGAUGUUUUAUACACCUGGAUCUCCCUUAUUUUGAUACUUCUACAAUCAGUAGAUUGAUCUUUUUCCCAUCCUGUCACUAAUUGCAAAGAGAAUUUAUACCUGAUGGUUGAUAACUUUGAGCUUUUGAACAGAAAAGUUGAGUUAGCUGCAUUGCUUGGAAGGGCAGUGAAUUUUGUCAUCAGAUUGUAAAUGUUUAAUGAUGUAUAUUUGUACAGUACAAAAUUAUUUUAAGAUUUAAUUUGGCAGGUAUAUA